AUGGAGCAAAUUGGUUUGGCACUUCAGGAAACCUUGGAAGCCGACGCAAAAGUGCGAAAAACUGGCGAGGAAAGACUUCGACAAUUACAAUCGACUCCAGGCUAUAUUAUACAAAUCCUGCAACUUGUUGUAAAUGAACAAGGCGCUCCGCAGAUUCGAAUGGCCGCCGCCGUCGCUUUGAAGAAUUUUGUGAAACGAAAUUGGGGAGCAGCGCCCGAAGUUGAGAUGAGUCAGCAAGACGAAGAGCAAUUUCGACAAAUGUUACUUGAGGCCAUGUUUUCGACAAAAGCCAAUAUUCAAGAAAUUCUCUCGAAUGCUUUGUAUUUGAUUGGACAACGUGAUUUUCCGGAAAAAUGGCCUGAGUUGGUGCCAUAUUUAUCGAAAUUCUUGUCGGGCGGCGAUUUCAAUCAUUUGGUGGCUAGUUUGAGUUCGAUGGAGCAGAUUUUCAGAAAGUUUAGAUAUCAAUCAAAGUCGACGGAAUUGUGGAGAGAAUUGUUGAAGUGUUUGUUGAGUGUGAGUUUUUUCAAUCGAUUUUAGAGGGGGGUUUCGGUGCCAGCGCCGCUGGUAACAAAAAUCCACCUCAUAUUAGCUUUUGAAAAAUACAAGAAGGGACCCCGAUGAAAAAUAAAAAUUGCUCAGUUUAAAGCAGAAGGUCGAGAGUCCUCACAAGCCAAAAAUUUAGAAAUGUGGUCGAGCUCCCCAUUUUUUUACGGUCACGUUCACGUAUUUUGACUCAUAAAUAUCACGUUUAAUUCUAGAACCAAGAAGGCAUUUUUUUCUGAAAAUGUGAAUUCUGAAGUUUCUUCAAAUUUGCCUGAACCGGAAAAUUUCAGUCAAAAAUCGAUUUUUGACUGAAAUUUUCGAGUUCUCGCACAGGUCAAUUUUUUCCAAAAUCUGAAUUUUUGGGACCUUGCUUUCCCUUUUUUAUACACGAAAAUAUGCCUGAAUUUGGAAAUUUCAGUCAAAAAAUCGAUUUUUGGCUGAAAUUUUCGAGUUCUCGCGCAGGGAAACCUAUCGUCAAUUUUUUUUCAAAAUCUGAAUUUUUGGGACCUUCCUAUCUUUUCAUAUACACAAAAAUAUGCCUGAAUUCGGAAAUUUCAGCCAAAAAUCGAUUUUUGGCUGAAAUUUUCGAGUUCUCGCACAGGAGAACCUAUCGUCAGUUUUUUUUCCAAAAUCUGAUUUUUUGGGACCUUGCUAUCCUUUUUAUAUACAUGAAAAUAUGCCUGAACCGGAAAAUUUCAGUCAAAAAUUGCAUUUUGGCUGAAAUUUUUGGGUUCUCGCGCAGCGGAACCUAUCGUCAAUUUUUUUGUGACAACUCAAUAUUCUUCUUCAUUGCUCAUAUCAAACCUAUAUGUUUUCCAGACUCAAGAACCGCUAACCCUUCUUCUCGGAAGUAUGAUGGAAGUAGUUGGACGAAAAGAUCAACUCGGCGCCGACGAAAUCAAUCAAUGGCUCAAAGUGCUCAACCUCAUCGCCAAAGUCUAUCAUUCACUUUGCGCUCAAGAAAUUCCCGAAUAUUUCGAAGAUCAUCUUCAACAAUGGAUGGGUUCAUUCCUCGCACUAAUGCCCAUCGAAUGUCCAACACAGAUUUCGAAUUCCGGAGAACCGGCGAUAAUUGAUGAAUUGAAGACGGAGAUUUGUGAGAUCUUCACGUUGUACGCGCAAAGAUAUGAGGAGGAAAUUGCGCCGUUUGUACCGCAAAUUAUUCAAUCAGUUUGGCGGUUAUUGGAGACAACGGGAGCUGAUACAAGAUAUGAUACGAUGGUUUGUGCAUCGCUUGAAUUUUUGUCGAUGGUUAGUCAGAGACAAUAUUAUGAGAGUCAUUUUACCGGAGAAGGUGUGCUCAAAACAUUGGCUGGUGAGUUUUCUUGGAAAUAAAAUCCCUCAAAAUUCCAAUUUCCAGAAAACGUAUGUGUCCAAAAUUUGUUGCUCCGACAGGAAGAUAUGGAAUUGUUUGAAGAUGAGCCGCUUGAUUUUAUGAAGCGAGACAUUGAAGGAACUGAUGUUGGAACACGAAGAAGAGGAGCUAUUGAUUUGGCUAGAGCACUUUGUAGAAGAUAUGAGGCUCAAAUGAUGCCGUGUUUAGGUAGAAAUUUUGAGAAUUUUUGCUCGGAAUUGUCUGAUUUCCUAUGGAAAUCAGAGGAUUUCGAGGUGAAAAUUGCACAGUUUUUGAUUUUGGAAAAAUAUCCAGGAAUAAAAAACGUUGAAAAAUGUGGCCGCUGUAAAAAAUGAAAACCAGUGCAGAGCUGAAUGAAUGAAAACAACUGGACUUCGUCAGUCGCGUGCGGCUGUGCGGAGCGGUCAAACAAUCAAUAAUUCACAUUUUCCGACCGCGCCGCACAGCCGCACGCGACUGACAAAGUCCAGUUGUUUUCAUUCAUUCAGCUCUGUACUGGUUUUCAUUUUUUACAGCGGCCACAUUUUUCAAUUUCGACAAUACUUAUAUUUGAAGAACAUAGAAAUAUGCCUGAAUUUGGAAAUUUCAGCCAAAAAUCGAGUUUUAGCUGAAAUUUUCGAGUUCUCGCGCAGGGGAACCUAUCGUCAAUUUUUUUUCUCGAAAAUCUGAAUUUUUGGGACCUUGCUAUCCAUUUUAUAUACACAAAAAUAUGCCUGAACCUGGAAAUUUCAGUCAAAAGUCGAUAUUUGGCUGAAAUUUUCGAGUUCUCGCGCAGGGGAACCUAUCGUCAAUUUUUUUUUGCAAAAUCUGAAUUUUUGGGACCUUGCUAUCCCUUGAUAUACAUGAAAAUAUGCCUGAAUUUGGAAAUUUCAGCCAAAAAUCGUUUUUUGGCUGAAAUUUUCGAGUUCUCGCGCAGGGGAACCUAUCGUCAAUUUUUUUUUGCAAAAUCUGAAUUUUUGGGACAUUGCUAUCCCUUUUAUAUACACGAAAAUAUGCCUGAAUUUGGAAAUUUCAGCCAAAAAUCGAUUUUUGGCUGAAAUUUUCGAGUUCUCGCGCAGGGGAACCUAUCGUCAAUUUUUUUUUUUGCAAAAUCUGAAUUUUUGGGACAUUGCUAUCCCUUUUAUAUACACGAAAAUAUGCCUGAAUUUGGAAAUUUCAGCCAAAAAUCGAUUUUUGGCUGAAAUUUUCGAGUUCUCGCGCAGGGGAACCUAUCGUCAAUUUUUUUUCAAAAAUCCGAAGUUUUGGGACCUUGCUAUCCUUUUUAUAUACACGAAAAUAUGCCUGAACUUGGAAAUUUCAGCCAAAAAAUCUAGUUUUUGCUGAAAUUUUCGAGUUCUCGCACAAGGGAACCUAUCGUCAAUUUUUUUUCCAAAAUCUGAAUUUUUGGGACCUUGCUAUCCCUUUUAUCUACACGAAAAUAUGCCUGAAUUUGAAAAUUUCAGUCAAAAAUCGAUUUUUGACUGAAAUUUUCGAGUUCUCGCGCAGGGAAAACCUAUCUUCAAUUUUUUUCCAGGCGAAAUUGUCCAAACGUUGCUCGCCUCAAAUGAUUGGAUAAAAAUCGACAUAGUCUAUUCAUUAAUCACCGCAAUUGCUGUCAAAUCGGAAACCGCAAAAGGCGGUGUAACAGCCACAAAUCCUCUCAUAAAUAUCAAUGAUUUUUUCAUUGGACAAGUCGCGACACAUUUGAAUUCGGAUGUGAAUCAAUUGCCGAUUCUGAAAGCGGAUGCGCUGAAAUUUGCUGUAACUUUUAGAAAUCAAUUGGCACCCGAGCAUUUGUUGAGCACAAUUCGAGCUGCUGAUGCAUUGUUGUCUUCGAAUACAACUAUUUUGCAUAAAUAUGCGGCUUAUGCGAUUGAUAAGAUUUUAUUGAAGGAUGUUAAUAAGGUGAGGAUUUUUUUUGACUAGGAUAAUUCGAAAAAUGUGGAUUUUCAUCCAAAAUUUUUGUGAAAACGAUGAUUUUCUAUUGAAAAUCUGAAGGAAAACCAAAUUUAGGCUGAAAUUUGGUCAAUUUUGAUGUUGAAAUUUUCAAAAAUUAAUGAAGAAUUUUUGAUCCAGAAACUUUCAAAAAAAUUGAAUUGAAAUUUGGAUUUGCAGCCUGAAAACAAAAUUUUCAUCAAAAUUCAGUGAAAACGGUGAUUUUCUAUUGAAAUUCUGAAGAAAACCCAAGUUUUUGCUGAAAUUUGGUUAAUUUCGAUGUUAAAAUUGAAAAUUAAUGAAUUUUUGAUCCAGAAACUUGAAAAUUUUAGAAAUUUUUCACCGAUAAAUUGAAUUUAAAUUUGGAUUUGCAGCCUGAAAACAAAAUUUUCAGCAAAAUUCAGAAUUCGAAAAAUGUGGAUUUUUAUUCAAAAUUUUUGUGAAAACGGUGAUUUUCUAUUGAAAUACUGAAGAAAAACCUUAAAUUUCACUGGAAAAUUAUAAUUUUCAAGUUUUUUGGUUAAAACUGAAAAUUAAUGAAAACUUUGAAUUUUUUGAUUCAGAAACUUGAAAAAUUUUAGAAAUUUUUCACCGAUAAAUUGAAUUUAAAUUUGGAUUUGCAGCCUGAAAAUUAAAAAUUUUCAUCAAAAUUCAGUGGAAACGGUGAUUUUCUAUUGAAAAUCUGAAGAAAAACCUUGAAAUUUUACUGGAAAAUAAUAAUUUUCAAGUUUUUGCUGAAAUUUGGUUAAUGUAAAAUUGAAAAUUAAUGAAGAAUUUGAAUUUUUUAUUCAGAAACUUGAAAAAUCAAACUUUAAAAAUUUUUAACCGAUAAAAUGAAUUUAAAUUUGGAUUUGCAGCCUGAAAAUUCGAAAUUUUCAUCAAAAUUCAGUGGAAACGGUGAUUUUCUAUUGAAAAUCUGAAGAAAAACCUUGAAAUUUUACUGGAAAAUAAUAAUUUUCAAGUUUUUGCUGAAAUUUGGUUAAUGUAAAAUUGAAAAUUAAUGAAGAAUUUGAAUUUUUUUAUUCAGAAACUUGAAAAAUCAAACUUUAAAAAUUUUUAACCGAUAAAAUGAAUUUAAAUUUGGAUUUGCAGCCUGAAAAUUCGAAAUUUUCAUCAAAAUUCAGUGAAAACGGUGAUUUUCUAUUGAAAAUAUUGAGAAAAACCUUAAAUUUUACUGGAAAAAUAGUAAUUUUCAAGUUUUUGCUGAAAUUUGGUUAAUUUUGAUGUUGAAAUUUCUAAAAAUUAAUGAAAAAUUUGAAUUUUUUGAUCCAGAAACUUGAAAAAUCAAAUUUAAGUUCAACUUUUCACUGAUAAAUUGAAUUGAAAUUUGGAUUUGCAGCCUAAAAAUCGCUGAAAAUUCAAAAUUUUCACCCAAAUCCUCCAAUUUUCCAGGUUUUCUCCUCACAAAAUCUGCCAGUUGCCUCAAUUCUUCAAAAUCUCGUCUCGGCUUUCGACAAAGAUGCAAAAGCUCAAAACUCGCCAUAUCUCAUCAAGGCGAUUCUUCGGAUAAUUGUGAUUUUGGACGAGAAUACGAUUCGACACGCCGAUGCGAUUGCAACCAAGUUGGCGCAACUUGUCGCUGGAGCCACAAAAAAUCCGGCCGACUCGAUUCAUACACACUUUUUGUUUGAGACGAUUUGUGUGCUGGUUAGCAAGGUAAGGGGGUUUCUGGGGUGAAAAAUUGAAAUUUUUGUGGAUUUUUGAGCUAGAAAGCAUGAUUUUAGGGCGAAAAUUGUUUUUUCCGGCCUGAAAUUACCCUGAAAAAUUCUCAUUGGACCGCAUUUUGACCUGAAAAUGACUGAAAUUUGUUGAAAAUGAAGGUUUUUUGACCUGAAAUUGAUGAAAAUUCAUGAUUUUUAACUCAAAAUUGAUGUGUCCUCAAUUUUUCUGCUCAAAAAUCACCAAAUUCUCAUUGGAGCGCAUUUUGACCUAAAAAUGACUGGAAUUUGUUGAAAUUGAAGGUUUUUGAUCUGAAAUUGAUGAAAAUUCAUGAUUUUUAACUCAAAAUUGAAUUUUUCUGCUCAAAAAUCACCAAAUUCUCAUUGGAGCGCAUUUUGACCUGAAAAUUACUGGAAUUUGUUGAAAAUCAAGGUUUUUAACUCAAAAUUGAUGUGUCCUCAAUUUUUCUGCUUAAAAAUCACCAAAUUCUCAUUGGAGCGCAUUCGACUAUUUUAUUUUUUGUUUCCCGAACAAAAAUUCUCAAUUGCGCUCCAAUGAGAAUUGAGCGAUUUUUGGGCGGGAUUUUUUGAAUUUUUGGAUCAAAUUGACAAAAAAAUGUCGAAAAAACAUUGUAGGUCAAAAUUAGUUUUUCGAGUUUUUCAGCCAAAAAUGAUGACAAAUCGAUAAUUUUUAAGCUUUUGGAGUAAUUUCGGAUGAAAAUUGACCUUGGAAUUCACUUUCCAGAAGGUUUUGCUGAUUUUUCGAAAAUAAAAUUUUAAAUUUUGAUGAAUUUCGAAAAAAUGCAUAAAAUAAAGCAAAUUGGGAUUCUCGAAGCUUUUUUUAAUCUGAAAUUACUCCAGAAGCUUAAAAAAUAUCGAUUUGUCAUCAUUUUUGGCUGAAAAACUCGAAAAACUAAUUCAAAAAUGUAUUUUUUGAGAGAUUUUGCAUAAAAAUUUUAAAGGUUUCGAGCUUUAAAAAUUUUUUUAAAUAAAUUUGUUGCAGACAAAAACCAUCGGCGGAUCUCUGGAUGCUCAACUUCUUCCACUCAUCGAAGUCAUCUUCACCGAAGAUCUCGAAGAUCUCAUUCCAUAUGCUCUUCAAAUCACCGGAGUCUUGGUGUCCGCCUGUAUUUCCCGCCAAAAUCCCAUCGAUUCCUACUUCAAUUUUCUGCCAUUCCUAUUGUCUGAAAGAUUGUGGGCAAGAUCGGCGAAUGUACCAGCAGCUUUGUCGGUUUUGGAAGUUUUGUUGAGUGUGAAUUCGCAGACGGUUUUUGCGCAACAUUCGGAGGUAAAUUAUGGAAAAAUCUUGAAAUUUAGCUGAAAAUCUGCUUGAAAAACGCUGAAAAUUCAUGAUUUUCACUCUGAAAUCGAGAAAAAAUCAUUUUCAGCGUUGAAAAGAUGAAAAUUCAUGAAUUUUUGAACAAGAAAAAAGGUCUGAAAAUCCCCAAAAACUUGGGAAAAUCUUGAAAAAAUUACAAGAAAUUUGAAUUUUUGGAUGAAAAAUCUUGAAAAAAUUACAAGAAAUUUGAAUUUUUGGAUGAAAAAUCUUGAAAAAAUUACAAGAAAUUUGAAUUUUUGGAUGAAAAAAUCUUGAAAAAUUACAAGAAAUUUGAAUUUUUGGAUGAAAAAUCUUGAAAAAUUGCAAGAAAUUUGAAUUUUUGGAUGAAAAAUCUUGAAAAAUUACAAGAAAUUUGAAUUUUUGGAUGAAAAAUCUUGAAAAAUUACAAGAAAUUUGAAUUUUUGGAUGAAAAAUCUUGAAAAAUUACAAGAAAUUUGAAUUUUUGGAUGAAAAAUCUUGAAAAAAUACAAGAAAUUUGAAUUUUUUGGAUGAAAAAUCUUGAAAAAUUACAAGAAAUUUGAAUUUUUGGAUGAAAAAUCAUGAAAAAUUACAAGAAAUUUGAAUUUUUGGAUGAAAAAGCUUGAAAAAUUACAAGAAAUUUGAAUUUUUGCAUGAAAAAAUCUUGAAAAAUUACAAGAAAUUUGAAUUUUUGCAUGAAAAAAUCUUGAAAAAUUACAAGAAAUUUGAAAUUUUUGGAUGAAAAAAUCUUGAAAAAUUACAAGAAAUUUGAAUUUUUGGAUGAAAAAAUCUUGAAAAAUUACAAGAAAUUUUAAUUUUUGGAUGGAAAAUCUUGAAAAAUUACAAGAAAUUUGAAUUUUUGCAUGAAAAAAUCUUGAAAAAUUACAAGAAAUUUGAAUUUUUGCAUGAAAAAAUCUUGAAAAAUUACAAGAAAUUUGAAAUUUUUGGAUGAAAAAAUCUUGAAAAAUUGCAAGAAAUUUGAAUUUUUGGAUGAAAAAUCUUGAAAAAUUACAAGAAAUUUGAAUUUUUGGAUGAAAAAUCUUGAAAAAUUACAAGAAAUUUGAAUUUUUGGAUGAAAAAUCUUGAAAAAAUACAAGAAAUUUGAAUUUUUUGGAUGAAAAAUCUUGAAAAAUUACAAGAAAUUUGAAUUUUUGGAUGAAAAAUCAUGAAAAAUUACAAGAAAUUUGAAUUUUUGGAUGAAAAAGCUUGAAAAAUUACAAGAAAUUUGAAUUUUUGCAUGAAAAAAUCUUGAAAAAUUACAAGAAAUUUGAAUUUUUGGAUGAAAAAUCAUGAAAAAUUACAAGAAAUUUGAAUUUUUUGGAUGAAAAAGCUUGAAAAAUUACAAGAAAUUUGAAUUUUUGGAUGAAAAAGCUUGAAAAAUUACAAGAAAUUUGAAUUUUUGGAUGAAAAAUCAUGAAAAAUUACAAGAAAUUUGAAUUUUUUGGAUGAAAAAGCUUGAAAAAUUACAAGAAAUUUGAAUUUUUGGAUGAAAAAUCAUGAAAAAUUACAAGAAAUUUGAAUUUUUGGAUGAAAAAGCUUGAAAAAUUACAAGAAAUUUGAAUUUUUGGAUGAAAAAUCUUGAAAAAUUACAAGAAAUUUGAAUUUUUGCAUGAAAAAAAUCUUGAAAAAUUACAAGAAAUUUGAAAUUUUUGGAUGAAAAAAUCUUGAAAAAUUACAAGAAAUUUGAAUUUUUGGAUGAAAAAUCUUGAAAAAUUACAAGAAAUUUGAAUUUUUGAAUGAAAAAAAUCUUGAAAAAUCACAAGAAAUUUGAAUUUUUGGAUGAAAAAAUCUUGAAAAAUUACAAGAAAUUUUAAUUUUUGGAUGGAAAAUCUUGAAAAAUUCGAUUUUUUCCUCACUAAAUGUGUCCAGAUCCAAAAAAAUCAAAAAAAAAUUUUUUUUUCAUUAAAUUUGAUCCAAAAUUCAUGAAAACACCCAAAAUUUCUCAUUUUCAUCCAAUUUUUUGCUCAGAUAAUCCUCCAACACAUGUCUCGUCUAAUUUCCUCAAAAGUCUUGGAUCAACACGGUUUCCAAUUGGCUUCUGCAAUUGUUCCAGUCAUUGAAAAUAUUCAACACAAAGAUGCGAUGGGAUUUAUGCUAAAUACAAUGUUCCGACGAGUACAAUCGGCAAAAACGCCCAAAUUCAUGAAAUUAUUCGUUGUGUUUUUGUGUAAAUUUGCGAUUACGAGAAGUGCGAUGGAUUUGGUUAAGGUGGGUGGUUUUUUGGGUGGAAAUUGAUAAAAAUUGAUGAAAAAUAGUGCAAAAUACAGGUUUUUGGCCAAAAAUUGAUAAAAAUUGAUGAAAAAUAGUGCAAAAUACAGGUUUUUGAACUGAAAUUAACCCAAAUUCAAAUUUCCCGCCUGAAAAUCACCUGAUUCACAUUGGAGCGCAUUUAGAGUUUUCAUUUUUGAUUGAAAAAUUCAAAUUUGCGCUCCAAUGAGAAAAAAUGCGGGAAAUUUGAAUUUUUAAACUGAAACCCGUCAAAACUUUUCAUGAAAUUAAAAAAAAAAAUUAAACUUUUUCGAAAAAAUGGCCAAAAAUGAAGGUUUUUGACCAAAAAUUGAUGAAAAUUAGUGCAAAAUACAGGUUUUUGAACUGAAAUUAACCCAAAUUCAAAUUUCCCGCCUGAAAAUCACCUAAUUCACAUUGGAGCGCAUUUAGAUUUUUAAUUUUUGAUUGAAAAAAUCUAAUUAGCGCUCCAAUGAGAAUUUUAGAUUUUUAGGCGGCAAAUUUGAAUUUUUGGACUGAAACCCGUCAAAACUUUUCAUGAAAUUCGAGAAAUUCAAAAUUUUCAAAAAAAUGAUCAAAAAUGAAGGUUUUUGACUGAAAAUUGAUGAAAAUUAGUGCAAAAUACAGGUUUUUGAACUGAAAUUAACCUAAAUUCAAAUUUCCCGCCUGAAAAUCACCUGAUUCACAUUGGAGCGCAUUUGGCUUUUUAAUUUUUUGAUUGAAAAGUUUCAAUUCGUGCUCCAAAAGGCGGGAAAUUUGAAUUUUUGGACUGAAACCUGUCAAAACUUUUCAAAAUUCUAGCAAUUUUGAAAAUGUUGCAAGUGCGCUCUAUUGAGAAUUUGGAAUAAUUCAUAUUAAUUAACCAUAUUCUAGGCUUGCGACGCAGUUCAACCUGGAAUGUUCUCAAUGAUAAUGGAAAAAGUUGUGAUUCCCGAACUUCCGGCUCUCAAAAAUCUCACAACCGCUCCAGAAAAACGAAUAAUCGCAAUUGGUUCUGCAAACAUCCUCGCAGACACCACCAACAUUGUUGCCGGCUAUUAUGGCAACCUUGCCGCUGAAGUUGCGACAUUGUUGGAAUCGGCGUCGGCUUCGGAUCGCGCCGUUUUGUCGCCGGACGAAGAACAAGAAGCAAUGUAUAAUGCGGAAGGCGAAUUUGUGAAUCCGUUUUGUCGAUUGAGUUAUGCGCCGAAAAGUGCGCCGAUUGCGCCCGGAAUUUUGAAUCAUAAAGGUGAGAUUUUGGGGGGAAGGGCAAAUUUUGAACUGAAAUUAAUGGGUUCAACUCGAAAAAAAAAAAUAAAAAACAUUUUUUUUUACAAAAAAUUUCGAUUCAGAAAAUGUCAAAAAAUAGGAAAACAUAUAGUUUCUGACAUUUGCUGAAUCGAAUUUUUUUGUAAAAAAAAAUGUUUUUUUCUAUUAUUUUUUCGACUUGAAUCACCCCAUAAAUUUUGAACCCAGAAACUUUCGAAAAAUCUUUUUUUUUUCAAACGCGGCUUUCAAAUUUGCCCAAACCUCACCCAAGAACCUGGAGAAGUGGGUAAAAAUUGCCCACCUGGGUUUAUUUACCAAAUUUGCCCACCUAGUAAAAAAAAAAUUUUGCCCAGCUGAGGCUUGCCUUAAAGACCCUAAAAAAAUUUGCCCAGCUGAGGCUGGCCUUAAAACCCCUAAAAAAAUGUUGCCCAGCUGAGGCUCGCCUUAAAGGCCCUAAAAAAAUUUUGCCCACCUGAGGCUGGCCUUAAAGACCCUAAAAAAUUUUUGCCCACCUAGGUUUUUCGAAAAAAAAAUUGCCCACCUGGAAUUCCAGGUAUUGGGUGAGGUUUGAAAUUUGCCUCUAAAUUUAUCUGAAAAUGUCCGAAUUUUGUUCCCAAUAUUUCACACAAAAAUUCAAUUUUUGGUUGGAAAUUUGAAUUUUUAGCUGAUAAAUUUGAAUUCAAAUAAUCCUAACGUUGAAAACAAAUAAUGAAAAAAAAACAUUUUUUGACAAAAAAAUUCAAUUCAGCGAAUGUCAAAAAAUGUCGAAAAAACAUUGUAGGUCAAAAUUAGUUUUUCGAGUUUUUCAGCCAAAAAUGAUGACAAAUCAAUAUUUUUUAAGUUUCUGGAGUAAUUUUUGAUGAAAAUUGACCUUGGAAUUCACUUUCCAGAAGGUUUUGCUGAUUUUUCGGAAAAUAAAAAAAUUUAAUUUUUGAUGAAUUUUGAAAAAAUUCAGAAAAUAAAGCAAAAUAGGGUUUUCGCAGCUUAUUUUCAUCAGAAAUUACUCCAGAAGCUUGAAAAAUAUCGAUUUGUCAUCAUUUUUGGCUGAAAAACUCGAAAAACUAAUGUUUUUUCGACAUUUUUUGACAUUUCGUGAAUUGAUCUUUCAAUGUUAAAAAAAACAUUUUUAAAAAUUCAAAUUUUCCGGUUUGGCGGAAAAUUUGAAUUUUUAGGCUUCCAAGAAUCCUAAAUUGAGCCUGAAAAUCCUAUUUUUCUCUAACCUCUCUCUCAUUUUUCCAGCCUAUUUCGCCCAAUCAGUUUUAAUCCGCGGACCAUCGAAUAAUCAAGCAGUUUUGACUUGUGUUCCACAAGAAAUUAUCAGCUAUUUGACCACAAUUCAAGCCUAA